AUGCGAGCAACAUUCAGGAUACUACGAUAUGGCAGGCGAUACAAAGGUUCGCUUGUAUCAACACUGCGAUCGUUUACCAGCACUGCACCCAUUAAACAAACUCAAGUACACGCGGACUUGGCUAAGGUGUUUGAUGAUCAGAAUUACUUUAAUGCUGUCAGCCAUAAUAGCCCCUCAUACAAACUACCGUUUUCGUUUUCGAAGCAAGAGACUGGGUUGUUCAAAAAUGAGUCGUUGACAAGUCCACUGGGAUUGGUACAGUUUUCCAAACAGUCGUUGGAAGAUGCGAAACUGUUGGUCAAGGAAAUGUUAAGUGACAAGUCAAGGCAGGGUAAGCUCGAUUAUAUAAAGAAACUUGAUCAAUUGUCAGAUACUCUUUGUCGAGUUAUUGAUGUCGCAGAGUUUAUCAGAAUAGUGCAUCCUAGUUCCAAAUGGAUAGACGCGGCACAACAAACUCAUGAGAUCCUUUUUGAAUAUAUGAACCAACUCAAUACAAACGUUGAGUUAUAUACGACGUUGAUAGAUGUGCUCAAUGAUUCACAAAUUGCAUCGGAGUUGACCGAGGAAGAAAUUAAAGUUGGGGAAUACUUGAAACAAGAUUUUGAGAGGUCUGGUAUUCAUAUGGAUCCUGAAACUAGAAACAAUUUUGUUGCCAUUACGCAGGAGAUUUCAUUACUUGGCUCUCAUUUCAACAAUGAGAUCAACACCUUGGACUCACAUUGGUGCCCAAUUACGGCAAAUGAUUUUGAGAGUAUUGAGGAUUCGCAAAUAAAAAAAGAUCUUCUUCUGGUUCAAUCAAGAUAUAAUGGCGAAAAAGUAGCCCACGAGUAUUAUGUACCACUAGUCGCACGACUUCCAUACUCGAUAUUAACAAAAUGUAAAUCAAGCGAGUUGAGGCGAAAAAUAUGGGUUUCGUUGCACAAUGCUUCGUCAGAUCUGAUUAACAUUCUCAACCGGUUCGUGUCGUACCGAGCAUUGUUGUCAAAGAUGUUGGGGUACAAGUCGUAUGCGCAUUAUCAACUAGAACACAAAAUGGCAAAGUCACCAGAGAAUGUCAUGGCAUUUUUGGGAAACAUUCAACAAUCAUUAAAGAAUAGCACAGUCUUGGAUGAGUUGAAACUUUUAAACGAGUUUAAAGAUGAGAAGAAAGAGUACCAAGACAACGAUUCCUUGAUUGAGAGUAUAAAACCUUGGGACCGUGACUUGUUGCUUUCAAGAAUGCAAAAGAACAAACAGCAGGACAAUGCGGUGGCGCAGUCGAAGAUUUCCGAAUACUUUUCAGUAGGAACAGUUAUAGCUGGCUUAAACAAACUAUUUGAAAGUUUAUACAAUGUGUCCUUUGUUCCAGAAGCUACACUAAAGGGAGAAGUUUGGGAGAAUAACCAAGUGAGAAAGUUGAAGGUUAUUGACAACAAAAGUGAUAUGCUUUUAGGAUACUUGUACCUCGAUUUUUGGUCACCAAAGGUUAUGCCAUCGCAUUUUACCAUUGUGUGCCUGCGAAGACUCCAUUCGUGGGAGAAUGAAGCAGAGUAUAGCCAAAACGUACAGCUCGAUGGAAAGUACCAACUUCCAGUAAUUUCAUUGGUCUGUAACUUCAGAGACCAGAGCCACAGAAGUGGUCCUACGUUACUUUCACUAGAUCAAGUUGAUACCAUUUUCCACGAAAUGGGACAUGCAAUGCACUCCAUGAUUGGAAGAACAGAGUUACACAAUUUGUCUGGGACCAGAUGCGCUACUGACUUUGUUGAGAUUCCUUCAGUUUUGAUGGAAUCAUUUAGUAAAGAUUUGCGGGUUUUAUCAAAAAUCGGGAAGCAUUAUCAAACAGGCGAGCCAAUCCCUAAAGAUUUACUUCAACAAGCACACCAUGACAAAAACACGCUUCUGGCUUGUGAGACUUUUAUGCAAAGCAAAAUGGCUACGUUGGAUCAAAAAUUGCAUGGUUCAGAAAUGGUUGAUAAAUUGGCUCUUGGAUUGGGCGAAGCUGAUUCAACAGCGCUCUAUCAUGCCAUUGAACUGGAAUUGAAGGUCUUUGCUGACAAGUGGUCAACUUGGCACGGUAAGUUCCCUCAUUUAUUCUCCUAUGGUGCUGUGUAUUACCUGUAUUUACUUGAUCGAGCCAUUGCGGAGAAACUUUGGCGCGGAUUAUUCGAUAAAGAUCCAUGGAGCAAAGAAGCGGGAACGAAAUACAAAGAGAGUGUUUUGAAGUGGGGAGGGACCAAAGACCCUUGGUUAUGUCUUGCUGAUGCAUUAGGAAUCGAAGAAUUGAAAAAGGGUAAUUCCAGAGCCAUGGAAUUAAUUGGAAAGAAUGCCAGUUUGUAA